AUAUAUGAAUUUAAAUAAAUAAAACAUUUUCGUUUCUGAAAAGUCUUCCCACCAAAAAAGCAAAAGCCAUCGUCUAAUUCCCCGGCCGUCCAGAAAUCGAGACCGAAAUCUCCGGUAUACGAAAGUGAAGCUUUGUGGAUUUCAGAAUGGAACUAAACGAGUUUGAUCUAUACCACGAUUCCAUCAUUUGAAGAGCGAUUUCAAGUUCCCAAGUUUUUACAUCAGAAAUAGCUUCACCCAGUUGUUAGCUAUCUUAUACAAAAGCAAAUUCUCGCUUCUUGUAUAUCUUACACAAAAGCAACUUUUGGCGCUUCUUGUACAUCUUAAUCAAAGGAACUCUUAGUGCUCCCGCCUGAUACGGUUCGGAGCUUCUUUCCUGAUUUGAUUGCCGAGUUCGUAGUUUCCUACAUAAUAAUUGAUAUAAGAUCUGACGAUCAUGGAGAUUUUGGGCAAGAAAGUCUAUGAUCUGUCUUCCCAUUGAUCUUAUCCUUCAGUAAUAUUUAUAUUAGUGACAUCAAGCUUAGUUAUUGCUGAAAAAAUGUUGGAUUUACUGAAACCGAUGGAGCCACAAUUGAAACGAAGAGCUGGUUUAUGGAUUGUACAGGCAGGACGAGGAUCAUAUCGAGGAAGUUAGUGAUUAUUUUGGCUUAACUGGUUGGCUUUUUUGUUGUACUGGAUAUUUGUAUUUUUCAUACCGUAUUAAUCCAUGGGGAUUAGUUUCUUGAGGCCGUUCCUCGAAAGUCUUUGCUGCAACUCUCCUUGGAAUUAUGCAGUGUUUUGGAAGCUUAAGUAUCAACAUGAAAUGGUUUUGGUAUGGGAAGAUGGCUUUUGUGACAAUCAGAAGCCGAGAUCUCCCACGGUGAGCCAAAUAGAAGAUCUGUACCUAGAGAACUCAAAUAAGAUGCUUUCCUCCACUUUUAGUUCUUCUCUGCUUGAUGAAAGUCCUGGUGAAUAUCCAGUUGGACUUGCAAUAGCUGAAAUGUCAAGUGCUUCUCAUGCAGUGGGAAAAGGGGUCGUCGGCAAUGUGGCAUGCACGGGGAAUGCUCAUUGGAUUUACUCAAACGAUAUUGCAGCUGAUGUAUUCAAUUCUGUUUUAGUUCCUGAGUAUCCGGAUGAAUGGCUGCUUCAAUUUGCAGCUGGGAUAAGGACAAUAUUGCUUUUGCCAGUAAUUCCACACGGAGUGUUGCAACUUGGAUCAACAGAAUUGGUUUCCGAAGAUGCAGCAUUAGUUGCUUAUCUCAGAGAUAAGUUUGAGGCUCAAAAAGAGCCCGAUGGAUAUGACUGGGGAUAUCCAAUUCAGGAGUUCUCCCGUAUGUCUAAUUUCAUGAAUAGUUUAGGGGAACCAUCUACCAUUGCCACAGAAAAAAUAAUAAAGGAACAAAAUGCCAUUCACACUGCUAGGACAAAAGAUUGCAACUUAACUGGUAACCAGAUGAGUAUGCCAGUGUUUAUGGUUCAAGAUUACUGCAAUAGCACUGCGAGGCUUGACGCAGAUACUCUUGAAAAUGCAACUGAAAGUGAAUUUAGCCAGCAACCAUUGGGCACGAUUCAUGUAGCUGAAGAAGUACCAAGUGAAGAUUAUAAACCCUUUAUAACAGAGAAUGACAUUUUAAAACUUCAUCAUGAAGAAAAAUUGAAGGGUGGCUCCCCUUAUUACGACAACUUUGACAGGACGUAUGGGAACUUCAUAAAUGAAUCAAUGGCUUUUCACUUUGAGGAUACAACUGAACCAAAUUUUGUAGACCACGACUUCGACAGUUACAUAUCUAAAAGCGGAUGGAACCUUUUCAGCUUUAGUGAGGACUAUCAACUGCAGAAGGCACUGGGAACAGAUGUAGAGGAUACCACUUAUCAGCAUACGUAUGGUACGUCUAUCUCUAAUCAGAAUGAAGCAUGCGGCACAAUAGGUGAUAGAGAGCCCUCCUAUGUUACGGAUAUUUCAUGUUUGGAGUCUGUUCUAUUUCCCAUCAAUGAAAUCGAAGUGGAGCACGCCUUAGAAGCUAAUGUUUCUAACACAAUUAGCAGUUUUGACGAUAAUUCAUCCAAGUCCAAUGUUACUUCAUUAAGUAUGCCCUUGGAAAAACUUGCUGCUUCCUCCAAAAAACAUGAUCGAUCCAAACUCAGUGCCUCAGUGGGAGAAGAUGAAGUCCCAUGGAACUUUUUGGCAUCUGAAUUUAUUGUCCAGGGAAUGAAUACAUUGUCUAGUAUUCCUGCUUCAGUAUCUUCAGUUGAAAGCAAGAUUAGCUCAUUGUGUGAUAAGCAGCAAAAGCGAAAAGGAUCUGAUUCAUUGAACCCCAGGAAAUUAUCAAGACUAUCAACUACCAACAAGAGAAGGGACCGCACUGGGGAUAAUCAAAAGCCUAGGCCACGGGAUAGGCAGUUGAUUCAAGACCGUAUCAAAGAGCUACGAGAGCUUGUCCCAAACAGUGAAAAGUGUAGCAUUGAUGGACUCCUUGAUAAGACCGUAAAACACAUGCUCUUUUUAAGAGGUGUGACCAAUCAGGCUGAUAAGUUGAGGCACCAAGUUCUCGAAGAGGAAUCUGAUGAAAAGACAAUCAAAACAGCUGAAAUCAGCAACAAGCAUGAGAACGGGACAAGCUGGGCUGUAGAAUUAGGAAGCAAGCAACAGUUGUGCCCAAUAGUUGUGAAAGAUCUCGACCAUCCUGGACACAUGCUUAUAGAGAUGCUUUGUACUGAUCACGGCCGCUUUCUCGAAAUUGCUGAUGUGAUUCAUCGUUUGCAAUUAACUAUCCUCAAGGGUGUCAUGAAGAAAAGCACGGACAAUUCGUGGGCCCGCUUCAUUGUCGAGACUUCUGGAAACUUCCAUCGCCUGGAUAUAUUUUGGCCGCUGAUGCAACUGUUGCAAUAAAGUCGGGCGCCUAUCUCAUCAAGCAAGUUUUAACCACCCUCUGUCUUGAUUGUGGAUUUUUCUAUAUGUACCGAUAUUUGACAUAUUAUAAUUUAGAAGAUUCUGGCAACAAGAAACCCUUGUUACUACAAGAUAUGACCAUCUUCUGUAGAAAGUAGUUGGCCCCGUGGCCCGUGAUUCUCAAUUUGCGAGUAUUUAAUUUUUUUUGUCAAAAACGAGUCUUGUUCAAAUUUGAAUAGUCUGAGUUGCACGA